UGGUUUCUUUCUUAUCGAGGCUGGAGCCAGAUUUAGGAGCAGCCGUCUCCCUGGCCUGCCACAUUUUCGUUACCACUUCAGGGGCGCCUAAGAGAUCAGUGCCUGUCCGGGUAGUUUAGCAGGCUUCCAGAGAGCUCCAGAAGGUUUAGGGGACUCUGCCUUUCUCUCUUUCAGGUUGUUCCUCAAAGUCAUUCAAGCUGUACUCGCCGAAGGAGCCCCCGAACGGCAACGCCUUCCCCCCAUUUCAUCCAGGCACCAUGCUGGAUCGGGAUGUGGGCCCAACUCCCAUGUACCCGCCUACCUACUUGGAGCCUGGGAUUGGGAGGCACACGCCAUAUGGCAACCAAACUGACUAUAGAAUAUUUGAGCUUAACAAACGGCUUCAGAACUGGACAGAGGAGUGUGACAAUCUCUGGUGGGAUGCUUUCACAACAGAGUUCUUUGAGGACGAUGCCAUGUUGACCAUCACUUUCUGCCUGGAGGACGGACCAAAGAGAUACACCAUCGGCCGGACCCUGAUUCCACGCUAUUUCCGCAGCAUUUUUGAGGGGGGUGCUACAGAGCUCUACUAUGUGCUUAAGCACCCCAAGGAGGCCUUCCACAGCAACUUCGUGUCCCUUGACUGUGACCAGGGCAGCAUGGUGACCCAGCAUGGCAAACCCAUGUUCACCCAGGUGUGUGUGGAGGGCCGGCUAUACCUGGAGUUCAUGUUUGAUGACAUGAUGCGGAUAAAGACGUGGCACUUCAGCAUCCGGCAGCACCGAGAGCUCAUCCCCCGGAGCAUCCUAGCCAUGCAUGCCCAGGACCCCCAGAUGUUGGAUCAGCUUUCCAAAAACAUUACCCGGUGUGGGCUGUCCAAUUCUACUCUUAACUACCUCCGACUGUGUGUGAUCCUCGAGCCCAUGCAGGAGCUCAUGUCCCGCCACAAGACCUACAGCCUCAGCCCGCGAGACUGCCUCAAGACCUGCCUUUUCCAGAAGUGGCAGCGCAUGGUGGCGCCCCCCGCGGAACCCACACGGCAGCAGCCCAGCAAACGGCGGAAACGGAAGAUGUCGGGGGGCAGCACCAUGAGCUCUGGGGGCGGCAAUGCCAACAACAGCAACAGCAAGAAGAAGAGCCCAGCCAGCACCUUCGCCCUCUCCAGCCAGGUACCUGAUGUGAUGGUGGUGGGGGAGCCCACCCUGAUGGGCGGGGAGUUCGGGGACGAGGACGAGAGGCUCAUCACCCGGCUGGAGAACACGCAGUUUGACGCGGCCAACGGCAUUGACGACGAGGACAGCUUUAACAACUCCCCCGCACUGGGCGCCAACAGCCCGUGGAACAGCAAGCCCCCGUCCAGCCAGGAGAGCAAAUCGGAGAACCCCACGUCACAGGCCUCCCAGUAAGGCUGUUGCGGCCAACUGGCCGCCCAGCGCUCUGCCUGCUGCCCCACCCCUCACGCCCUCGGGAGCAGAAGACAGGGAGAGACUGAGCAUCUGAGACUGGCAGCCUCCGUCCCCCUUCAGGGAGGAACUGGACUCGCUGGGGGCAGGUGCCGAGACGCCCCCGAUGGCCUGGGCCUGGCCCCUGUGGAGCCUUUGGGGGAGGGGCCUCGUGUGGAUGCCUGUGUGGACCCUGGACUCAGAGUUGUCCGACCACCUCACCCCAGGGCAUUGCUUCCAUCCUCUCCCAGGUUCUGGGUCCCCCUCCCUGACUUACCCCUUAAGCCCGGGGUUUUCUGUACCCACAGUCCUUAGGGUCUUAAAGUUAUGGGGCUGGAUUGAACCCCUCUCCCCUGGGUAGCCCAUAAGAGAGGGGGAAACUUCUAGGCUCCUCCCUUCUGCCAUUUGUCCCAGCUCCAAGUUUUAAAAAAAAUAAUAUUAUUAAAAACGUAAGUUUAAAAAUUUUUCAUUCAUGGUUCCCCUCUUGCCCCCUCUUAAGUUCAGCUACCUCCCUCCUCCUGGCAGAUGGGGUGCCUAGGGCUGGGGUGGGGUGAAAGAGAGUGGGGUAUAUGCAUACUAUUUUAUACAGUUGGAGAGCUUUAGACCAAGGAGAUACUUCGCCAUCUUUCUUCCCAGUUCCUCUGGAGUAGGGGAGGCAUGCCCUGGGGUUCACACCCUUUUGACCACCCCUGCUGUUGUCUCUGCCUCCCCUUCAGUCCCACCCUCCAGGUCUGGGGCCUGCCCGCCCUCUCUCCCAGUGCUGUGACUCCCUCUGUCCCCUGUGGUGUGUAUAUUCUGAGUCCACUAGAGCAGCUGUCUUGGGGGGAGGCUCCUUCCCUCAGGGCAGGUGGCGGGGUGGCUUCACCUGUCACUAUUUCUGUUUUGUCUCAGUUGGGCAGGCCCGGAGGGGGGAGAGGCUCAUCCACUCCCCUCCAAACCCUCUGCCCCCAGCCCCUCAAACUGCAGAUGUGGCCCCAGCCUCCCCUCAGAGGGGAAGGAGCCCCUGGGGAUGCCCCAGCUCUGAGCCCCCCCGGGGAGAGAGGUCUCACCCCUGGCUGAGGUAGGGGGGCUUCCUCUCCCAGUGUCCAUGCCCUGUAGCAGGGAGAAGACAGCCGCACCUCUGCUCCAUCUCCCAGAUGGCCUUGGAGGUUGGGGUUGGAGCAGGGUUCCCUGUGGCCCCUCUCAGGAAGUGUCAGUGCCACCGCCUCCACUGCCCUCUGGGCGUGGGGUCCCCUACACCCUGCUUUCCCACUCCAGCCCCUCCCCCAGCAGAGUCAGGAGUGGAGAGGGGUGAGGAAGGUGGAUGUCCCACCCCAAUUGUAACGCCUUUUUUGGGGGGGGCCAUUUGAGUCAUGUAUGGUACUGUCAAUAAAGAGACUUUUUGGUUUG